UUUAAUUAGGAAAUUUUGCCCGGUGCCACACAUCAGAAACGUCUUAAAAUGUGGUUUAUAUACCUUUUGAGUUGGUUGGCGUUGAUCAUACAGAUAACCUUUAUUACCCUCUCAAUAGCGGCUGGUCUCUAUUAUCUUGCCGAGUUGGUUGAAGAAUACACUCAUGCCACGGCCAAGGUCAUCAAGUAUAUGAUUAUUAGUGUGACGGCUGUCUAUGUCGGCUUGUUCCUGUUUGAAGAGCUUCCGCUGUCGCUGAUUGGCACAGGAUUCCUUGCACAUGGCGUUUAUUACUUGUUGCUGCAGACCUUCCCAUAUAUCCUGCUGACAUCACCAUCGUUUAUUGUCUCUGUUGUUUUACUGGUCGUCCAACACUACUUAGCAUUCUCCUAUUUUUCAACUGUUUGGUACCCAUUUUCUGAGGUCCUGGCUUUUUUCACACUCUGUCUGUGGCUCGUACCGUUCAUGUUUUUUGUGUCGCUGUCUGCCAAUGAACUUGUCUUACCAACUUUAGCCGAGCAGGCACCCCAGCAACCAGUAGAAAAAGAAGAUAUCGUCACUAAUUACUUCAUGAAGAAGAGCAAGAAAUAUGGCUUGCUCUCCUUCUUCAAGUUUGCCCAGGAUAGUUUGCUGCCGCAGCGUGUCAAGAAGCAGUACUAGGAUAGGAGGCCAUACUCUACUGAUAUGAUCAUAUCAAUUGUUUCCUAAAGAUACUGUUAGGGUGAUACCCUCAGCAGUGAGAGGACACUGUGCUUCAUGAAGAUGAGACCCUGAGAUUCGUGUCAAUAUUGCUCAUUUGGUGCUCAAGGACUUGUGGUUCAUCACUUCACUGGUUUACUGCCAGCGCCACUGGAAUAGACUUUCUACAAGAUAGUCGCAUAUUCAUGAAAUAGAGUCCAUCAGUGACUCUCCCUAGUGUGUACAUGGUCAUGACAUUGAAGCAGAAGGAGCUUCGAAAGUGGUGAAAUAUUCAUAAUCCUGUUUAGUUGGACUAAGUGGACCUAAUCACCAGUUUUUGCAUGGAUCAAAGAUCUUGUCUUGAUGCUUUGAUUGUUGAUGGUUGACCUCCAAGGGAAGUCACUACAACAUCCAUUCAUGCUGGUUUCUUGAUGGUUGACCUCCAAGGGAAGUCACUACAACAUCCAUUCUUGCUGGUUUCUUGAUGGUUGACCUCCAAGGGAAGUCACUACAACAUCCAUUCAUGCUGGUUUCUUGAUGGUUGACCUCCAAGGGAAGUCACUACAACAUCCAUUCAUGCUGGUUUCUUGAUGGUUGACCUCCAAGGGAAGUCACUACAACAUCCAUUCAUGCUGGUUUCUUGAUGGUUGACCUCCAAGGGAAGUCACUACAACAUCCAUUCAUGCUGGUUUCUUGAUGGUUGACCUCCAAGGGAAGUCACUACAACAUCCAUUCAUGCUGGUUUCUUAUAACCCUCCUCACAUGUGACAAGGAGAUGAAGAGAUUAAUCCCAGGUUGGUCGUAGUGACCCGCCCUCCUGUAGGAGUUCACCUACCCAUUACACAGUUUCGACACAAACAGCACAAUGAAUGUAUAUCACACAUGAUAUGAAUAUACAUGUGUCUGUACUGCACAUGGACACUCAAGUGUUUUUUGUACUGUACUUACAUGUAGCAGUGGUUGCGUACAAGUCCCUGCAUACUGAGAUUUGAAUUGGGUUUGCUACAGAUGAGGACAUCUGGCAUUUUAAAAAGCUUACAUUAUCUCGGCGGCGUCAACAUGGUCAGUGAAUGUGCUCUCCCUUUAAUGAAGACAAAAGUCUACCUUGGGAGGAGGUGGUUGAGAUUUUAGAGAGGUCUGUUAUCAACCAGUCCUGCACUUCUAUGUUCAUACAUGUAUGUAUACUCCUGUACUUCUAUGUUCAUACAUGUAUGUAUACUCCUGUACUUCUAUGUUCAUACAUGUAUGUAUACUCCUGUACUUCUAUGUUCAUACAUGUAUGUAUACUCCUGUACUUCUAUGUUCAUACAUGUAUGUAUACUCCUGUACUUCUAUGUUCAUACAUGUAUGUAUACUCCUGUACAUUUUAUAGCUCACUAUCAUAAUUAUACAAAGAAGACAUUAU